AUGUGGUGGUUCUUUCGCAUCGUCUCCAGUUCCAUCUUUCUGUUGACCAUCAUCCUCUCGAUCCCCAUAUCUUUCGAUGUAGGCGGGCGCGACAGCGGCCUGGCGUACAGCCUGUCGCUGUUCGGCUUCUAUCUCCUCAACAGCGCUUUCAAGCUCGCCACACCCGACAACUCGCGCGUACGAUGGACCCUUGUCCAGACACUGCAGACUCUGCAAUGGGUCAUCAUCCCCAGUCUCCUGAUAUGGUCGCUGCAUAACUUCGCCGUGGAUGCGAGCAACAGCGACUGGGUAUCCAGAACCAUCGGCGGACUCAGCAGACAGAAGCCUACUACCUGGUCCGACUGGUUCUUUGGCAACGGGGGGCUUGUCGAGUCUGUGACUAUUGGUGGAUGGGACAAGACCUUGCGUUAUUCGAGUCCGGUCUUCCAACUCGCCGAAGGCUUCUGUACCCUCCUGGUAAUCCAGGCUGCGGGUCAAAUCUCGAGAUGGCUGGUCAAUCGUGGGCGAAGUGAUACUUGGGUCCUUACUCUGUUGAUACUAUCCGCCUCCAUUAUCGCCAGUGCUGUCUACUUCCUGUGGCGAGUGGCUCUAUUCCCUUCGAUCAGCAAUCUAGACGCUACAUUGAUCGGAGUGACGGUGACCUCAGCGGUCUUUUUGUGCGCCAUGGGAAUCGGCACGGGGCGGGGAAACCCCGUCGAGUCAUCGCUACUCUUCGCCUACGUGGUCCUAUGUGUCUACCAAAUCUUUACCGACUAUGUCCAAUCACCGGAGGCCCAAGCGGCUGCUGCCGAGCAAGCUGCCACGCAGCCGGAAUUCCCACCCUUGCCGCCAAUCAUCAUGGCAAGCUACUCGACGCUCCUCCACAUGGUGGGCUCAUUGCCCUCUGCUGUCUUUUCGUCGUUGAGUCUCCUCCACGCCGCCUUCCAGACCAUUGCGCCCUCGGUCAUGAUAUCUCUCGUCUACAGGAUAAUCGUCUUCUAUUGCGCGACUCGAAUUAUUCCUGCGGUGCGAGAGUCAGGUGCCAGGGCCCUCAUGCAAGAGCCUUCGAUGGAUGAUUCGGAUAGCGCCAAUCGGCUACUUGGCUUUCUGUCUUGGUUUUCGCCCUCAAUCCUAAUCGCCGUCUACACGAGUCUCCUGCUACAGCACUUCUCUACCAGCGAUACUGUAGAAGGAUGGACUCUACGAGACGGUGACGCAGGCGGCAACACGUGGCGCUGGGUUAAUGUUGCCGCUACGAUGGGUUUAUACGCCAUCGAGCUGUAUCUGGGCAAUGAUGACGCAGAUGGCAGCUUGGUCAAUCAUUGGAAGAUAGACUGA